CAAGCACAGUGGGCGCAUUGGGAAGGGAAGCAUCACUGCUGGUAAAGUACCGAGGCACGGGGAUUCACCACUCAUUCGUCCGGGGUGCUCUGUGGCUACCUUUUGAGGACCGCACGAUCCUAGCAUCAGCCUGCCAACAGGAGAGGGAAAUCUGCGGGACAAAGCCAAAAGGGCGAGGAAAGCUGGGGAGAGGCUUGGCGUGUGGAGACCCCGCAUCCUAGCGAAUGCCGCCGUUCGUUCCGGAUCCACAACAAGCCAAAUGACCUACAAGAGAAGCCUUCUUGUGAGUAUGCUACUAGUCUCUUGUCGCCCGCCAUGGCGGAACUACGCACAGGAACAAGAGCUGAAGAGUCGACAAGGACCGACUCACAUUCACUUCCUUUGUUCAGUUUCAAUGUCGUGCAACCCAGAGAUUAAGCGAUCGGCAUCACCACGUUUCAACAACACGCGCGGGGUAACCAGGCGUCCCUGGCGCUGUAAGAACUCCACAUGGGCACAUUUUCCUCUCCAGACCUUGUCCCGAGCAGGCAACUCCUCCGGCCUGCUUCGCAGCGCAUGUGGUUUCGAGCCGCAUCCGAGCAAGGGGGCAUUGGCACUGAUUUCCCGUUCCAAGCCUCCGGCGACUUGGCGGAACACUGUCAGCGUCAUUCUGGUCAUUAUCGGGAUGCUUGACACAGAGCAAGAUUUCUUUGCGGACGCUUGCGGUGCGCGUAGCUCCGCAAGACGACCAAGUGGAAGAGGUUGAGGCACACAACCGAGUCCCUCACGUUGCAUCAACAGAGAUAAUCGAAGCAGACGUGCUUCAGCUUGUGGAAGAACGGUGAAAUAUUGGACUAGAUCCAGAAGACGCGAAUGCCUGAAUCCUUGGUGAGAAAAUACGAUGCAGUACAAC